AUGGCGCCCCCCGCGGUCAAGCGCAGAAAGCUCAGCCACGACUCCGACGAGGAAAGCAGCGACGGCGCUACCGACCCCCGCCUUGCCGCCAGCGACGACGCCUCGAGCGACGAUGACGAGCAGAGCGACGCGCCCGGCGCCGACGUAGACAUGGACGGCGAGUCGCAAGAGGAGAACGACGACGAAGAGGAGGACAGCGGAGAUGAUAGCGAAGAGAGCGAUGAGAGCAUGGAAGAGGCUGUGGCAGGCAAGAGCCAGCCGCGAACCUCGAAGGAGCCCAAGAAAUCCCACAAAGAGCCACGGAAAGGCCCGCUUCGGGAUCGCGACAUGGCCGAGUUGACUGGCGCGUACACGGGCGAGGUCUACAAGUCGAACAUAUUCAAACUACAAGUGGACGAGCUCCUCGAGCAGAUCAGACCAAAGCACGGCAAGAAAGAAGCCGCUGCAGAAAAGGCUCUCCGCGAUCUGAAGGGCAUUAUCGAGAAGAUUCCUGCUCGCGACCCCGCUCCCAUCCCAGAUGCCGAGCGUUCUCUGAUCAAGCAGAGCAAAGUCACGAUCCCGUUCCCCUAUCCCCGGCCCCCGAAAGAUGCCAAGUACACCCUGCAGUACGCAAAGCCUACCAUCAUCAAUCCAGUUGGAAGCUACCCGUUGAAGCUGAACGCAAGAACGGGCGAGCAGCAAGCCAUUGAUCUGGUUCUCGUCAUGCCUCCCACUCUUUUCCAGGAAAAGGAUUAUUUGAACAACCGCUAUUUCUACAAGAGGGCCUACUACCUAGCAUGUAUUGCUGCUGGGAUUAAAGACGCCAAAGGCCACGGUUUCAAGCUACGAUUUGAUUAUCUGAACGGAAACGAGUUCCACCCCAUCAUCAUGGUGGAGGGCAAUGGCCAGGAAAGCGAACUGUCCAAUUCGAACUACAAGAUCCAGAUUGUUCCUGUGGUUUCAGACGGCGUUUUUCCGGAAGACAAGACUUUGCCGGAGAAGAAUUGUGUUAGGCCAAAGCAGGCGACCGAAACUCCAGUGCCGGCGAACUCAAAGCCUACUCCAUUCUACAACGCUUCAGUCCGCGCGGACAGCCAGGCGACCGCGUAUCUGAAGCUCUUGCACGGCGCCUUAGGCCGCAACGAUGCUUUCAGGGAUGCCUGUCUGCUGGGACGGACCUGGCUGCGGCAGCGUGGAUUCAGCGGCCAAAUUCGGUGUGGCGGCUUUGGAAAUUUCGAAUGGGCUACCAUUAUGGCGCUACUAUUGCAAGGAGGCGGUCCAGCGGGGAAGCCACUCUUCGCCGCGGGUUACAGUAGCUACCAGCUUUUCAAGGGCAUGCUGCAGUACUUGGCAACUCGGGACCUCGCAGACCAGCCACAUCUGUACCAGGCACCCGGUGUGCAAAUCCCCCGGGAAGAUGGCGUCCCCACUUUCUUCGACGGCCCGCGUGGUCUGAACCUCCUGUACAAGAUGACGCCUUGGGCGUAUCAGCUUCUGCGACGAGAGGCUCGCACCACUAUUGCGGCCUUAGGGGACAACGCAUUGGACCAGUUCGACUCCACAUUCGUGCUCAGAUCCGACCAGCCUCUGCAAAGGUUCGAUGUCUUGGCCGAAAUUCCUCUGUCCGCUUUUGGCAUAGACCUUCAAGACGACGAUCAAACACAGAAGCUCGUGAAGAGCUAUCACAAGCUCUACCGGGUCCUUAAACGUGGAUUGGGCGACCGCGCGCACAUUGUUUCCCUAGUCUUGCCAGAACACCAACCGUGGCAUCCGGGGACAGCCAAGACUACGGUGCAACGAGAUGCUCGGAUUCUAGUUGGGUUCAUAGUCGAUCCCGCCAAUGCAGUGCGAGCUGUUGAUCACGGGCCAGCAGCAGAGAGCAAGAAGGAAGCCGCCGCCUUCCGCCAGUUCUGGGGGGAGAAGGCGGAGCUCCGUAGAUUCAAAGACGGAAGCAUUCUGGAGAGUCUUGUCUGGUCUACCAAAGAGUCCAACACCUCGAUAUUCGAGCAAAUCGUGCGCUACGUAUUGGCUAGGCACAUGGGCAAGGCUGUAGCGGAUAGCGCUACCUUCGUUGGAGAGCAAUUCUCUCGUCUGCUCUCAGGCAAUGGUCAACCUGGAACAGACCUUUUCCUUCCUUUCCGGAAAGCAUUCGACACUCUUGAACGGGAUAUCCGUGCCCUCGAUGGAAUGCCUCUUGCAGCCCGCCACGUUUUCGCUGCCGACCCGCAGCUCCGUUACACGUCUGUGGAUGUUCCUUUGGCGCUGCAUCGCCAGUAUCCGGCAGUCCCAGCAAAUGUCGUCAUCGAAUUCGAAGGCUCUGCACGCUGGCCAGAUGACAUCAAAGCCAUCCAAAUGACCAAGGUUGCCUUCUUACUGAAGAUGGGCGAGCUUUUGCAGGAAAGCGUCGAGGGCGUGACCACUCGAGUUGGCUUGGAGAACGAGGGUCUGGACAUCAUGAACCAAGCAUUCCUGGAUGUGAUCUAUCCCUCUAGCGCCGUAUUUCGCCUGCGGAUUCACCAUGACCGCGAGCCAACGUUGCUCGAACGCCGUCUCAAGGACAAAGGUCUCGAUGCAGCAACAAGAGAAGCCACAGCGCUUGCUCUGGCAACCUACAAACGCGAAUCUGGCCGGGUACCAGCUCAUACCCAAGCACUCCAGGCGCUCUGCACCCGCCUUCCCGCGCUGUCUCCUUCGAUUCGCCUCUUGAAGAAAUGGUUUGCUGCGCAUCUUCUGUCUUCUCACUUUGCGCCAGAGCUCAUCGAGCUGAUGGUGGUCCGAACAUUCCUCAACUCCUACCCUUGGGAGCCGCCGACCAGUGCAAUGACUGGAUUUCUCCGUACACUUUCCUUCCUCGCCCGCUGGGACUGGCGCAAUGAACCGCUCAUCGUCGACUUCAGCAGCAGCAUGAAGCCGGAGGAGGCAUCUGCCAUAACUACACGCUACGAAGCGUGGCGCAAGAUUGACCCGGCGCUGAACCGUGUGGUGAUGUUCGCUGCCACCAACAUCGACGCUGAGGGCACUACAUGGACCGAUCAUGCACGGCCCGCCAAGGUCGUUGCUGCCCGUAUGAGCGCACUUGCUAAGGCUGCGACGCAGGCUGUUCGCGACAAAGGCAUCGCCAUCGAGCCUGCAUCUUUGUUUGUGUCUCCGCUCGCUGAUUACGACUUCGUCUUGCACAUCAACCCGGCAUUUUCUAAGGCCAGUCAGGGCAAAAAAGACAAGUCUACGAAGCAGCAGUUCAAGAACCUUGCUCUCCAGGCAGAUGCCUCGGAACAAGCAGGUAUCAACACGGUGGGCUUCAACCCAGUCAAGCUGUUCCUUUCAGAGCUACGCGAGACUUUUGGCCAUGCGGUCGUUCUUUUCUCCGACGAGAACGAUGGCGAUGUCAUUGCUGGUCUUUGGAACCCGGCUAACAUCGCCAAAAGGAAGUGGAAGGUUAGGAUGGGAUAUUCCACGGUGCCUGUUGCAGAGCAACGUGCGGAAGGUGAGGUGGACGCGGAGGCUAAUAAAGAGGCCAUGUUGGCGGAGAUGGCCAGGUUGGGCGGAGAGUUGGUGAAGAAGGUGGAAAUCAACCGGCGGUAG